AUGGAGUGUGGUAUGGCGCAACAGAGAUCGAUCCGGGGUAGGUCGAUUGAUCGAAGCCGGUUCCGUAAGCGGAUCCUUCACACUUCCAGUACUACCUAUCCAAGAGAGACACGACCGAAAACGACAAACGGUCGGGGAAUGAGUGAAGGAGGAAAGAAGGAAGGGAAAAAAUCGAAGGGGAAUAUGGGGGAGGAGAACCUUAGUCUGGCUGGGAGGGUGGAUGAGAGAGCGUCCGAAAAGUCCGAUGGGGGUACGUACCGAGGGAGAGGUACUGUGGUUGACCAGCCAUGGGGGAUGGCGUCCCACAUUGGAACAAAGUACGAAACUGGUAUUGAAGAACAAUUACUACUAGUUGAAGUGCUCCGUAGUAAGGCAGGUACUUCUACUAAACCCAGUAGGGCCAGCUAUACAUCGGUGAAUGCGGUUCACCCCCCAGCACUGCAACCAGAUGAAGCUUGA